AUGCAACAACCACAAUCCAUGAUGGCGAACAACAAUCACAAAGGCAACAUCAAGCUGACUGGGGCUCAAGAGACAUUGAUGCUGACCCUGAUCGCUCGAGCAAACGAUACAGAGGCAGUACGCCCCAUCCUAAAUGACACGCACGCCGCCUCAGUGGUGAAGCAAGUCCAAGACAGCGGCUACAACUUCCGCGAGCGAUUGAACUACGGAGCACGAGGAAGCCCAGUUUCAGCAUUCAUAUCGCUCCGCACACGGAUUUUGGAUCUGAAGACACAUGCGUUCCUAGUCGCGCACCCCGGCCGCGCCACCGUGCUGCAUCUGGCUUGCGGGCUGGACUCGAGAAGUUUGCGCGUCAGGUGGCAGGACGAGGGAAGGCUGUGGAUCGACAUUGAUAAGCAAGAUGUCAUCGAGCUGCGGAGACAGGUCAUGGCAGAUCCGAGCCCGGAGUCCGGGUCUGAGUACAGGCUGAUCGAUCCGAGCAUCACGGAGGAGGGCUGGUUGGAAAAAUGCCAAAUACCCAGUGACAGGCCAGUCCUGGUCGUCAUGGAGGGCUUGACGAUGUAUUUGGCACCUGCUGAGGUCUAUGGAUUGCUGCGGCAAGUCACGAGCUAUUUCCUAGAUCGAGGGGUCCAUGGAGAGGUCUACUUCGAUGCUGCUGGAACCUUACUUGUCAACAUUGCGAACGCGGUCGGUGCCCUGAAGAGUUUGGGCACAACGCUCAAGUGGGCCUUGCGCGACCAUACAGAGUUGGAAGAAGAGGUCCCUGGCCUAAAGUUCCAAGACGGCAUGGGGUUCUCAGACAUCAUCAAACACGACGCUUUCAAAGCUAGUCCUUUCGGCAUGAUCAUGCGCAACAUCGCCUACGGGCUCACUUUCUUCUUACCUUCAACAUGGUUGGUAGGCAUAUACAGCUACGCAUUCUGA